AUGCUGAAAAUGUUGAUGAUUACUAUGUUGGCGAUGGUCGCGGCUACAGGUUCCGAACCCCUAGUCUUUAGCUCCAGCUUUGUUACGUCUCCAAUUACUUCUGCUGCCCUAGUAGCCCCUGCUGUCUCUCAAGUUGCACCAGUAGCUCCAGCUGUAACUACGUCAUAUGCUACUUUUCCGUUUGCCUCUGUAUCAGAUUAUAGAUAUUCAUAUGGCUCAUCAUUAAAUUUGCAAGACUAUUUAGGAUUUGCCACGGUGCCGUUACCGUAUAGUUUACCAUACACAUUAACCGAUUUAUACUAUCGUUAA